UAGUUUAUUCUCAACUUUCACCUUUAAGAUAAAAAACAGCUUCAAGUGAAGUUAGAGGAUAAAUUCAAAAUGAAUGAAUGAGCGUCACAUGGAAACUGAAGGUUCCUUUGAUCCAGUUUGACUUUGUUCUCAAACGCAAAAUAGAAAAACGAACUUAUUCCAGGUUCUAAUAAUAACUAAUAACUUCUUUACUUCUUCAUCUCCUCAUCUCUUCAUCUCCUCACUUCUUCAUCUCCUCACUUCUUCAUCUCUUCACUUCUUCAUCUCCUCACUUCUUCAUCUCCUCAUUUCUUCAUCUCUUCACUUCUUCAUCUCUUCACUUCUUCAUCUCUUCACUUCUUCAUCUCCUCGUUUCUUCACUUCUUCAUCUCUUCACUUCUUCAUCUCCUCAUUUCUUCAUCUCCUCACUUCUUCAUCUCUUCACUUCUUCAUCUCCUCACUUCUUCAUCUCUUCACUUCUUCAUCUCCUCAUUUCUUCAUCUCCUCACUUCUUCAUCUCUUCACUUCUUCAUCUCUUCACUUCUUCAUCUCCUCACUUCUUCAUCUCUUUAUUUCUUCAUCUCAUUUCUUCAUGUCUUCACUUCUUCAUCUCCUCAUUUCUUCAUGUCUUCAUUUCUUCAUCUCUUUAUUUCUUCAUGGGUUCUUACAGUGAACAGAUGAUGAUGAUGUCAGUGAAAAAAAUCUCAGCUGUUUAUUCCCACACAGUGCGCGCACACGUCACGCGCACAGCUCGGACACCCCUCGCUGCCUAAAUAUGGAAAACGUCCCCGCGCGCGUCCACGCAGAGGAUAGAGAGACCGGAGGAGGAGCUCGUGACAGUUUCAUUCUCCACGAGCCGCUCAGACGAGCCGCACGCGCGCCCCGGUCCAGCUCCGGUAGAACUCUCCUCCGGUCAAAAGAAACAAGAAAAGAACCUCAGCUCCGGUACAAGAAGUCCGCUCCGGAGAAACCCGAACCCACUGCCGAGGAGCCACUGAGCCAGCAACCAUGGAGGCCAUCAAGAAGAAGAUGCAGAUGCUGAAGCUGGACAAGGAGAACGCCAUCGACCGAGCGGAGCAGGCGGAGGGAGACAAGAAGGGAGCGGAGGACAAAUGCAAACAGCUGGAGGAGGAGCUGCUGGGUCUGCAGAAGAAGCUGAAGGGCGUCGAGGAUGAGUUGGACAAAUACUCUGAGUCGCUGAAGGACGCCCAGGAGAAGCUGGAGCAGGCCGAGAAGAAGGCAGCAGACGCGGAGGCGGAGGUGGCGUCUCUCAACAGACGUAUCCAGCUGGUGGAGGAGGAGCUGGACCGAGCUCAGGAGCGACUGGCCACCGCUCUGCAGAAGCUGGAGGAGGCGGAGAAAGCUGCAGACGAGAGCGAGAGAGGAAUGAAGGUCAUCGAGAACCGAGCGUCCAAAGACGAGGAGAAGAUGGAGAUCCAGGAGAUGCAGCUGAAGGAGGCCAAGCACAUCGCGGAGGAGGCCGACCGCAAGUAUGAGGAGGUGGCUCGGAAGCUGGUGAUCCUGGAGGGCGACCUGGAGCGGUCCGAGGAGCGGGCGGAGGUGGCCGAGGCUAAAUCAGGCGACCUUGAGGAAGAGUUGAAAAAUGUCACCAACAACUUGAAGUCGCUGGAAGCUCAGGCUGAGAAGUACUCGCAAAAGGAGGAUAAAUACGAAGAGGAAAUCAAAGUUCUUACUGACAAACUGAAAGAGGCUGAGACUCGUGCAGAAUUUGCAGAGAGAUCUGUGGCCAAGCUGGAGAAGACCAUCGACGAUCUGGAAGAGAAACUGGCUCAGGCCAAAGAGGAGAACCUGGACAUGCACCAGGUUCUGGACCAAACUCUUCUGGAGCUCAACAACCUAUAAGGACCUCUGCAGAGCCGACCGAGGAAUCACUGCAACCAUUAAUCAAGACAGAGUCAUUGAAAACCAAAAGGUUUCAUUAGCUCCCAGCAGACACACUUAACACUGAGGACUGAGGUUCACACACGUUAUUUGAAACACUACUUCUUUGUUUAUUCAUCUGUGCAAAUUACUCCAACAGGAUUUUUCCAACAACAUGAAUGUUUUAUAAAACAAGAUUUUUUUCUGUUUAAAUUGAAAGUUUUCGUUUGCUUGUAUUUUAAAGUUCAGCCGAACCUGCCGGCUCGUCCUCAACGUGAUGUGACCACCGGCUGUAAAGAAAGAUGGAGGCGUUCCUCCUUGUGGACAAAAGUGAAGCUAAUUAUCUCGGAUAUGAAAAGGGCCAUCUUGAAUUUUUGACAAUUGGCAGUCUUGGCAGAAGUGAUGGUGGGGUGGAGCCAUGGUAUCAAAGUCCCGCCCAUAUACACUAUUGACCAAUCAGGAGUCAGUCUCAGCCUGUUUUUAUAUCAUCAAAUAAUGGAUUCAAACCAAACUGAUCAGAAACUUGAACAAACAGAAAGAAGAACGACCUGAAACGACAGAAGCAUCUUCACAAACAUUAAUUAUUAGAUUAUUUUAAUUAUUAAACAUUAGAGUUUGGUCCGUGUCCCCUCUGCUAACAUGGAGGAGGAGGUUUGUGACCUAUACUGCAACCCGCCACCAGGGGGCGUUCCUGAUUAUUUGGCUUCACUCUUGAUAGCUGUCUUGUCGUCCAUCUUUAUUUACAGUCUGUUUACGUGACAGACUUCAGUGACUGUGAUUAUUAAAAAAUCUGUUUUAAGUUUCCUGUUUCAAAAAGAAAACAUACACUGCAGUAAAUCGUCACCAUAGCAACGGCAGAACACACUCAUUCAUAUUUAUUUGUUCUGGGCUUCAGGCAUAUAUGAUCAAAAUGCUCUUAUUUUGAAAGGCAAUAACAAUUGGCAUAGGAAAUGAAUUGCUUCACUUUAUUUAGAAUCAUUUUAACUCUGUCGUACUUUAUGAAGAAAAGCAUUAGAUUAUUAAUAAUGAGUGUGGGGCUGAUUUUCGAGGUUAAAACAUGAAACAUGAAGUGCUGGGAGCUGAUUUCAAAGGCUUUAUGUAUUGUAAACAAAAUAAACAUCCUAAUUCUAAGAUAAA